UCCUUUGCCUUGCUAGGACUUAUUUCUGUUGCAAAUUUCCACUUUGAAUUCUCUGAAUGAACAACUCCUUGGUUCCCUGGAUAUUUGAUUUACAGUCUUUGCAGGAAAAGGAUACCCUGGUGUCAUCAUCCUCUUUUUCUCUGCUGUGGAAGACUGUUCUUCUAGACCCACAAAGAUGUCAACACCUCCUGGCGAUGUACAGGACUGAAACCAAUUUAACCGGGGCAGUAAGGUCUGAAGACUCUCGGGAGCAGCUGACAAAUAAUUCUGGAUAGAGAUAAGUUCUGAUAGAAAUCGAGCAUCCUCUCCUCUCUUUGGUGACACAGGAACAUACAAUUAUGAAUCCAAAAGAUCCACUGGAAGAGACAGAAGGAAGCUUAGUUCCACCAUCGUGCUUAGUCUGUGGUCAGUUGCAUCUUCCAGAAGAGAACCAUAUAUACACCUACACAGAAGAUGUGGAUGACGACCUAAUCUGCCACGUUUGCUUGCAGCCUUUGCUUCAGCCUCUGGAUACACCCUGUGGACACACCUUCUGUACAGUUUGCCUUACAGAUUUCCUAGUAGAAAAAGACUUCUGCCCUAUGGACCGCAAGGCUCUGGCUCUACAGAUGUGCAGAAAGUCAAACAUCCUAGUAAAUAAGCUCCUGGAUAAGCUGAUGGUCAGUUGCCCUUUCACAGAACACUGUUCAGAAAUUCUGCAACGUUGUAAUCUUGAACAUCAUUUUCAAAAUGGGUGCAAAGGGGCAUCUCAUUAUGGCUUUACCAAGCAGAGAAAGCGAUGUUCACCAGCUGGAUCUCCUGAUUCGAAUGCUACUUUAACAGUAUCUGCUCUUGGAUCUGAGUUCUCUGCUGCUGCCACAAUUGCCUUAAUGACUGAUGAACCGGGGCUAAUUAAUCCUGCCUUCAAUGCCACCUUUGACGACAGCCCACUAGGAACCAAUUCCACCAAUCUUUACAGAAACCACCAGUCUAGAACCACACUUUCACAUUUUGAGCGUUCUACUGUACGCAGCAGGUCUUUUAAAAAGAUAAACAGAGCUCUCAAUGUUCUUCGAAGGACAAAAAGUGGCAGUGCUGUUGCUAACCAUGGUGAACGGGAACAAGAAAAUGUUGAAAAUCCAAUUGCUUCAGAGGCAGCCUUUCCAAGGUUAUAUCACCUCAUUCCAGAUGGUGAAAUUACCAGCAUUAAGAUCAACCGCAGCAAUCCCCAUGAAGCUCUUGCCAUUAGAGUGGUUGGAGGCAACGAAACACCUUUGAUUCACAUAAUCAUUCAGCACAUCUAUCGAGAUGGGAUCAUUUUCAAGGAUGGAAGAUUAUUGCCGGGAGAUAUGAUUCUGAAGGUCAAUGGCAUAGAUAUCAGAAACGUGCCUCACAACUAUGCCUUGUUCGUCCUGAGACAGCCUUGCCAAGUUCUCCGUCUCACUGUGCUCAGAGAGCAGAAGUACCGGUGCAGACAUUCUGGGCUUUUUCUUGAUGUUUCCUGCCACAGGGAUGAGAACUUGCACAUUAUUCUGAACAAAAGCAACCCAGAGCAACAGCUGGGCAUCAAAUUGAUCCGUAAGGCCAAUGAAGAUGGAGUCUUUGUGUUCAACCUGCUGGAAGGAGGCGUUGCUGCCCGUGAUGGGAAACUGCAAGAGAAUGAUAAGGUUUUAGCAAUUAACGGGCAUGACCUGCAAUAUGGAAGUCCAGAAAGUGCAGCCCAGUUGAUACAG